ACCUGGCUUACCUUAAAUACAGGCUUCAAACCACUCGGGGAUAAAGACGAAUCAAUGCACCUCACAAGUAUUCCUGAGAGUGUUCGGGUUCAAAUUCACUUGCGUUGUGGUCAAGACUUCUGAUGAAGUUGUUGCUGUGAAGUGUAUUCAGACUACACUUUCUUAACUAAAUGUCCCCUGAGCUGGCUCUGAGCCAAACCACCUGCUGGUAGACCCCUGUUGCAGAUGCUGACUACCGCGUAAGUUCAAAAUAUUUCAGCAAAAAUGGGAAACGUACCAUCAGAAGCAAACAUGGGCAACAGUCUUAGGUGCUGCAAGUGUAAUAGAGUCUUGCCUCCAUGUCAUUCCUUUGAUAAUUUAAGACAAGACGUCAUACAUGGGCAGCAUGUGCAUGUGUUCAAUGGAGGAGAAUACUACAGACCAGUUGGCUAUAAUAACCAAUAUUACUGCCGUGAUUGCUUUUAUAAGCCAAUCAGAGAUGCAGAACGUAGGAGGGAAGAGGAAGAAAAAAGAAGGAGAGAAGAAGAAAGAAGGAGAGAAGAACAGAGAAGAGAGGAAGAACGUAAGAGAGAGGAGGAAAGGAAAAUGAUGGAAGAAGAGAGGAUAAAAGAAGAUGAGCGAAAGAGAAGAGAGGAGGAGAGGAGCAGACAGGAGGACCAAAAAAGAACAGAGGAAGAGAGAAAAAGGAAAGAUGAGGAGAGAAGAAGACAAGAAGAACAAAAAAGGAUAGAAGAGGAGAGAAAGAAAGAGGAGUUGAGUCAAAGAGUACAGGAAUCAAGGGAACGAGCUAAAGAGCAGUAUGAAAAACAACAGAGAAGUAGACAAGAGCAACAGUCUAAACAUAAUGUUAUGAUUGGGCUUUUGGAUGAAUUUGAGGCUGACUAUAAAACUUACAGUGGGAAAGAUGAACUUUUAGAAAUCCUUUCUUUGAAAUGUAACAUUGAAGCUUCAGAUCUCAGUCUCACUGCUCCAAAAGCUGAUCUGCUGGGGAAGAUCCUGUCAGCUCUGGACAAUCUUCUGUUUGAUGAAUGGAUAAAUGAUCCCCCUUCCGGCAGCACUCUGCAGCAUGCUCAGGUUUACAUCACAGAGCUGUGUGCGCUGUCUGUGGAGAUACCAGAAGAAUUGUCUCGAGAAAAUAUCUCCAAUCAUGUGCAGUCCUUAGUUGAGUCCAUCAGCCAAUCAGCAUGCAACAUUUUUGAAAGUCUUGAGUUGAUUCAAGCCAUGUAUCUAACUCUGAUGCGCUACAUCAGUGAAAAUGACAAGUCUGAUGCUGAUGCAGUCAUUAUAGCAAAAAGGUGGGCUAAGGAAGAGCUUACAAUGGAGCAGCUUUUUCCUCUUGACUUCCUGAGCAUCCUCAUUUCAUCAAUGCAUGGUACAGUUGGCAAAACCUCUAUAUUUAUUUUAAAAAUGGAAAUUCAGUGUUUGAAACUUCUAAUAUCCACCCUUGUCAAUCUGAAUGGCAAAGAAAGCCACUAUGCAUCAACUGAGAUGAUUCUUGACCUUGUAGAAAUAGACCAAUGGACACCAAUGGAGGCAGUGAAUCUGCUCAAAGCAAUGUCCUUAAAAUGCACACAAGAUGUUUCCAUAGCUAAAGUCCUACAAUUGGUAGAGGUUUAUGAUGUAUCACCAAGUUGGACAGAUCAUUCUGGACAUUCUCUCAUCCAGGCUCUUGACAGUGCUGAUUCACAAAGUUUCUAUCAGGAUUUCCAGAAGAUUCUCAAAAAGAAAGACGAAAGCACCCUGGAUGCUGCUCUGGCAGACCUAAAAAUGUCACAAAAGUUGGAUGUUUCCAUGAUUGACGAAAUAAAAACCAUCAUCACUGGUGUUUUCCAGUUUUCAGAAAAUGCUCCUGUAGGAUCGUUAAAAUAUGAAACGUUUGACACAAAGAACUUACAGACAUGUCUCUCUCAGCUCUGUAAAGCAGUUUUUGAUACAAAAGGCUGGUGGCCCACAGUGAAACACAUGGUGCAGUGGUGUGUGCUGGUGCUCACUGAGAAGACUAAAGUACCACAACUGUCUUCCUUUGAAGAAGACCCAUGUGUCAUUACUAUGUUUGCUGCAAUGCAGUUCUAUAUGGGGAACAAAAUGGACAUUAUGCUGAACUCUGACAGUGACACUGAAGCUCAAACUAAGGAGUGGUCUGACUUCUACAAAAGCCUCGGAAUAUCUGUCAGGACGAACAUCACUAAACAAACUGAUUCAUCUUUCAUGAGUGUCUAUGAGGCUGAUGUCAUCUAUGGUAGACUCGAAGACUUUGUGUCUGACUAUUUUCUGUACUGGAAAGAGAUCAUUGAAACUCAGAUUCCUCAACUCACACGAGGAUUUUUAAUUGAGGAAAAAUGUCUUGUGGCAUCAAAUACUCUUGAUCUGCCAAGGCUCAAGGAUAAUGAUUUCCUUGCUUGUGCUGCAGAAGUCCUGCAAAACCUUGUGGAAAAAUUACACACAGAAGACAUGGAACAGAGAGAGUUGUUCUUCAAGGCGGUUUUUCAAGCUCUACAGUCAAACGUAAAAGAAGGUACAAGCACAGAAGCAAAAAUAACCAAACUCCUUAAGAAAAUUAGUGGAAAAGAACUUCUUCCUAAAGAGAUGUUUGGUCUGACUUUUCUUGAGAAUCUCCUGAAAGUGGUUGCCAGUCAAAAUCAAGCUGGGAAAAGCACUUCUUCAGCUGAAAAAUUGUGUUUGGAAAGUAUUUUGGCAUCUUCAGAGCAAACUAAAGCCUCAAAUAAACAAACCAGAGAAGUCUUACAGAUGGUUUCAAAUCUGGGAGAAAAAAACCUUUGGUCACCACUGGAGCUCCUGAACCUCCUUGAAGCAUUAAUCGAUCGCCAUCAUAAUGAGGGCUGCAUUUCCAUCAUGAAGAUUUUACAUUUAAUGGAAACAUAUCGGGUUUCUUUCAAGUGGACAGAUGAGAACAACCAGACUGUCAUUAGUCUGUUAGAGACACGUAAAACAGACAAUCUGAUCCAGCUUUUAGAAAAAAGCUUUGGAGAUGAGAAAGUCAAAAGCAUUGACAUCCUUUUUGAUGAAAUAAGGCAGAUGAAAGACAUUGAUGAAGAAACACUGAAUAAAUCAUACAAAAUAGUUUCUCAUGUGACAGACCUGAUAAACACCGGUGAAAUUAAAAAACACAACGACAUACAAAAGGCUAAGAAUCUCAGUCACAGCAUGGAGUCAGUCGAUCUUCAGGAGGUCUUGGCCGUCUUAUGCAAUGUUGUUAACCUGAAAAUAGCUGAAGAGAAGUGGUGGCCUAGAAUCAAUCAAAUGAUAAGCUGGUGCCUCUUGACCUUGUCCAACAAUGGAAAGCUGCUGGAAAUGGGAACUGGAGAAGGAAAAUCUUGUGUCAUAGCAAUGUUUGCAGUACUGCGUGUGUUUAGGGGUGAAAAAGUAGAUGUGGUGUCCAGCUCAUGUGUUUUAUGUCAAAGGGAUGCAGCAGAAUGGAGCAACUUCUAUAAGUACUUUGGCAUUACCGUUGAUACAAAUACAAAUAAAACUGACGACAGCAGUCGAAAAAAGUGCUACCAGAAGGACAUCAUCUAUGGAACUAUUGAAGCCUUUGCUGCUGAUCACCUUCGCCAGAUUUUUGAGAUGAAAGAUGUGAGGCCUGAUCGCAGCUAUCAGUGCAUCAUUAUUGAUGAAGUGGACUCUCUGCUGCUGGACCAGGGAGUGCAGCUGACCUACCUGUCCAGCCCCAUGGUCUCCAUGGACCACCUAAACACUAUUCUGGCCAUGAUCUGGGGCCAUGUCCAACAGUAUGGCUUCUUGUCUUCAGGACACCAGAUAUUUGUCCAGGGUCCCCCUGCUUCCUUCUUUAAGGCCAUCUUUGACUCAAUAAACACAGAAGAAACUGAAAUCGACGAUCCAUUGGACAUUUUACGUAUUGCUGAAGAAACCAACACUGUGCCUCAGGGCUUUACAGAGGAUCUCCAUAAGGGUGAGAAGGAGGAUAUUCUUAAAAAGCUGAAAGAUGUGAGCCAGGAUAAUGUGGUGCAAUUCUUUGAAGAAAUGGAGGACUAUGUUCCCUAUGGUUUCACCAUUUACACAUUAAACAGCGAAGGACUGCUGUGUCUAAGAAAACUCAGUCCGUAUGACACUAAUCAAAUUCCAGACCUAAAGUUUCUCGUCUUGGACGAAGGCUUGUGUUGUCCUCUCUAUGACUCAGAAGAAGUUCUCAUCAAGCCCAUUGCAGACUUAAUGUCAGAGAAGAUUCAGUACACCCCAUGCACAAACAGUACAGACAAAAUCAGCAUUCCUGGAUUCUUGAGGAAUCUCAUUGAAAAAAAAAUGUCCCUGUGGGUAGAGAAUGCCUUUCUGGCACAGCAGCUAAGGGAAGAACGGGACUAUGUGGUACAAAAUGGCAAUAUUUGUCCAGUAGACUUCAGAUCCACUGGUAUUAUUGAACUGAAUAAGAAGUGGGGUGAUGGUCUGCAGCAAUUUGUGGAGAUUAAACAUCAAAUCAAACUCAGCACAGUUUCAGCAGUAACAAACUACAUUUCCAACAUCUCGUUUUUUCAAAAGUACCAUGGGAAGAUAUAUGGAACCACAGGAACACUCGGCAGUGAAAAGGACAUUCUGUUUCUGCAGGAUCUAUAUCCAAGUCUGUCUGCAUGCAGAAUGCCAACUUUUAACAGCAAGAAACUAUAUGAGAUCAAAGGAACUCUGAAAACGACUUCUAUAGACUGGAAAUCUGAAAUAAAACAAGUUGUUCUGUCUCAAAUUUCCUCAAAUUCAUACAGAGAGGGAAGAGCUGCCCUGGUCAUCUGUGAAACUAUCAACAAAGCCAAAGAGAUCUACGAAGAACUGAAAAGCAGCAUCCCUGGGGAAAUCAUCCUCUACUGCCGCAGUGACACUGAAAGUUUGAGCAAAAUAGAGAAGGAGCUUGUUCCUGGUGAUGUCAUUGUUGCCACAAACCUUGCUGGGCGUGGCACAGACAUUAAAGUGUCCAAACAGGUCAACAAAAAUGGAGGAUUAUUUGUUAUUCUCUCCUUCCUCUCUGAAAACACCAGAGUAGAACUCCAGGCUUUUGGACGAACAGCACGCAAAGGUAAACCUGGAUCUGCUCAGAUCAUCAUGUGCACUGGUCACCAGCAGCAGGAUUUCAAGUCAACGACAUCUCUGGAGGAAGCCAAGAGCACGAGGGACAAACUUGCAGCAGAAAAGAUAAGUUGCAUGAUGAAUGAUGUGGCUGAGAUGAACCUGCGGGAGGAGCUGUUUUCAGAGUACUGCGAGACUCUUCAUGAUAUUUACAAGAAAACAGAUGGAGAUGACAGAGAGGUCAUUGUUGCCAUCAUGAAUGAGUUCUGGGGGAUCUGGCUGCAAAUUAAAUCAGAAGACAUUGAGCAGCGGAAGAAAAUUGAACUUCAGCAAAGUCUGAAAAAGGAUUUGUCUGCUGCAAGACAACAAUCUUCAUCUCAAACUUCACCAUGUUCAAGCAUUUACCACUACAUCAAUUUUGGAAAUAUUUUUCUGGAUGAUAAAAAAUGGGAACAUGGUGCCAGGCUGUUUGAAAAAGCCAUGAACCAAGAUGAAAGUUGGGCAGCCAUCGCUUUUUACAGUCAUGCAUACUGUACUAUAAAGCUGUCUAAUGGAGAUUACCUCACUAAAGCCAAAGAAGAUCUACAAAAGGCCCUAGAGUCCCUAAAGUAUCUCAGCGAGGAAUGCAUGGUCUGUUUGCAGUUCAUAAAAAUGGUCACUGUGGACACUGGCAAAAGUGACCCAUCCAGCCUCGAAAAACAGCUAACAACCAAGUGCAACAUGUACAGGUAUUUUGAAAAAAACAUCACUGAGGCCAUACAAAAGCUGGAUGAAAUCAAAAAAGGGGGGAAGGAUGCAAUAGCCAAAAAAUCCCCUGUUUUCUCCUUGGUGUCAGAUGCUGCUGAAGAUCUCCAAUUAGAAGCUGAUAACCUGUACAGUCGUGGUCUAAAAUACAUAUUUGCUGUUGAGGAGAAGCCUCGUUUCUGCUGGGAGGGUCUGCUGGUGUUCCUGCUUGGAGUUUUGCAGAUUAUUGCAGGAGCUUUACUCACUGUAUUCACAGUUGGUACUUUGGCUCAAAUUGGAAUGGGUCUCAUUACUGAAGGAAUAUCAGACUGUGUUGAAGGUAUUACAGCAAUGGUGACAGGAGAGUUCAGCUGGAAAGAAUGGGCUAUUGGAAAAGCCAUUUCUAUUGGUAUUUCUAUAAUAUCAUUUGGAGUUGGAAAACUAAUUGCAAAGGGAUUCAAAGCUGCCAAGGCAGCGUUCAAAGCUAUUGGAAAAAAUCUAAAGUCAUUGCCAAAGUUUCUCUCUAAACAAGCUAAAAAUGGUUUAAGCACGGUCACAAAGACCAAUAUGAAAAAUGCUAUAAAGCAUACAGCAAAAAAGAUUGUGGAGGAAACUUUGUUCCACGGACUUGAGAAAGCAGAAGAGAAAAUACUUGAACAAAUAUUAAACGACAUCAAAAAUGAGGUGCAAAAAGGAAUUGUUAAAGAUGUGAAAACCAACCUGGAAAAAGAACCUUUGGCAACAUUAGUGGAUACUGUUAUUCUUUCAGACCUUCUUUAUAAGGAGCAACUGCGUGAUCUUCUGGAAGAUGACAGAAGAAAGAAAGACCUCCUUUCCAUUUACAAACAGUUGGGAAAUUCUGCAUUACAGCCAUUAUAUGCAGACCUUAGUUGGCAGAACAAGCUUAACUCAUCAAUCAUUAAAGUGAUUGACAGCGCUAAAGAAGGGACACAUGGAAAAACCCGUAUAAUUUUGACAACUAUUCAAACUACCCACUAUGCUAUUUUGGCAGGUGAUGCCAUCGGUGAAGUACUCACCCUCUCCAGCAAGUUCUUCUCAAACCUUGAGAAAGAACUGAACACUUUCAACAAAGGAAACACUUCUGAAAAAGUAAAGCGAAAUGAGCUAACUUUCUCAGAAACUGACGUGCUGAACAAAUUCAAGCAAGACUUGGCCGAAACCCUCAGCACAUUAUUGGCUGAUGCUUUGGUGGAAGUGUUUAAUCAGAAGUUUUUCAGUCACCUUGUUUCUCGCGUGCAAAACGAAGCACAUGAUGCCAUCAAACGACAUGUCAGAUCUGGUUUAAAGAGUGAGAGGUCGGAGGAAAAACUUAAAGCUGGACAGCACAACAGCUACAUAGCAAACAUGCCAGUAAAUCCAAAUGACAAACUUGCAGCUAAUGCUGGUCGACUGUCAAGAUCACAUGCUGAAAAGAUCAAGGACAACAAGACUGCUGGUACCCUUCUCGAUAUCAGAGUCCUGUCAGAGGCCACUGGUACAAGAGUUGUUAUUCUUACAGAAAACAAACAUGGCAAACUCACCAAAAUGCAGGAGGUGAGUCCAAGUACUAAAUCUGCCAGUGAAACAGUGACUUUGAUCUACUGGCCAAAGAGCACCCAAAACCCUAAUGGUCAUUAUGAUGCUUUCAUCAACAAUAAGACUGUGAGCAUAGAUCGCAAAGAAAAGGGUUCUCUUUUUCAUGCUUUGGCAAGAGGCAUGAAACCAAAAGCCAGUGAAGCAGAGAUUGCCUCCGAGGCAAACCGCCUCAGAUCUGUGGAGGCCAAAACUCUCCUCAAACAACCAGGCCAAUGGGAAUCUUUUGUGAAGCACAAAGAGUUGACUGAAACAAUCAGAGGAGGAGACUGGUACAUGGCAGAGGCAGGUAGACCAGAAAGGAUUAUAAAGGAAAACAAAACCCUGCUGCAGAAAUUAACUGGAAAGAUUGAACAAUACAAAGGAUAUUGUCAAAAAACGGGUAUUCCAGCAGUUGAAAAAACCGUCAAUGCAGAUCAGCAGCCUCCAAACAGAAGCAUAGUGGAAGCUAAUAAACUGAACCAGAACAGCAAACUGGCCGUGGCAAUGCUGCAAGUGAGAAAAUAUUUACCUGCCUCAGAAACCAGCAAAAUAUCUGGUUUGGAGAAACAUGAAGGCCUGAAACUACCAACUGACCAUAACCUUAAAGAUGUAAUUGAUGACGUUUCCUCUCCAGAGCCAAAAGCUUUGAGAUCAUGCUUAGCUACCAUGAUAAGCAAAGAUGAUGUUGUCGGAACCUUUAAACUCAUGACGUUUGGUGCAAUGUUCAGAUGUCAGCUGAUUAACACCAAGAAUGUUCAAAACAAAAAGAAGAGUAAAACCCGGAUUGCCAUGUUUGAAAAAAAUUUUCAGCAACUCAGUACACAGAUGGUACAGAAAUGGUACAACCUGCUUCAAGGCAAGGGUGUCAUGACAAAUGAUCAUCUUACAACCAUCACACAAUGGAUCAACAACCAGGGCUACAAGGAUCAAAAUGAUCCACACAGGAAACAGGUUUCCAGCAUCCUUUCAUGAAAAGUGAAAACCCUGGAGGAUACUUGUUACCGAGAAGAAUCGAAUCUACGCAGCACUUCCACCUGCGUGAUCAUCAAUGAGACACAAAUUUGGAUAAUCUUCUUAACAGCAUUUUGAGUCAUUGGGGCUCUACAGGCAACUUAUUUCUAUUAUUUUUAAUUCAGACAUUGCAGAAUGCUGCAUUUAAACAUUUGUAUAGCUCUUAGGCGUCCUGUUUCAGAUGCUAUAGUUUAGGACACCAUUCAAACAAUUCUGUGGGUGAUCAUAUUCAACUAUGCUUAUGAACUCAGUGAUGGACUGUAAUUCAAAUUAACCAAAUAUGUUUCGUAGGAGCUCAGAAAAUAGUUUAGUCAGAAUAAUGAUAAUAAGGUUAUAUAAUUUACUUUUUGUCAUUUUCUGAAGUUAAUUGUGAAAUUUCCUUCACAGACAGAACUGUUCUAGAUGAAUUAGAAGUUGAUUCGUUUAGAAACAGAAAACAACAUUUUUCCCCAAAAGUCAGUCAGUCAUUUGCUAUACUGCUUCUUCCAUAGUGGGUCGCGGGAAAGCUGGUGCCUAUUUCCAGCAGUCUAUGGGGGGAGGCGGCGUGCA